AUGAACAUAGCUCUGCUCGGCAAUAAAAGAGCUGGAAAGACCUCUAUCCUUAAAGUAGUUUUCCAAAAGAUUUCUCCUAACGAAACCUUAUUCACAGAAAGUACUUCUAGGAUAGAAGAAAUCAACGUUUACAACAAUCCUUACACAAAGUUCACGAUAAUUGAUUUUCCAGGGACUUUUCAGAUUUCUCAAAUGAACGCAAAUGAGCGAAAAUACCUUCAAAACUGUUCACUAGUUAUAUAUGUCCUAGAUGCCCAGGAUAAGCCAUAUGAGCGCUCUUUAGAUGCGUUUGUUUCAAUUCUGAGAGAAGUCCAUGGGAUGAAUUCUCAAUGUUUUUUUGAAAUGUUUAUUCAUAAAAUUGAUGGGGAUAUGUUUAUGAAUGAUGAUGUAAAGCUAGAAGUUCUGAAUGAGGUUUCUGAUUCGGUUAGACUUAAAAUUAGUGAUAGAGAAAUCCCUGAGCCAAGCUAUAGUUUAACUAGUAUUUAUGAUCUCACUCCCCCCCUUUAAAUUGGAACUAAAAAUUUUGUUCCAAUUUAAAGGGGGGGUUAAGAAAAUUUUUUUAAAAAAAAAUCAUUAUAAAAAAAUUUUUUAUAAAAAAAAAAUUUAUAUAAAAUUUAAAAAAAAAAAAAUUUCAAAAAUUUAUCGAAUUAGAUUAAUAAAUUUGUUUAAUAAAAUGCUAUUUACUCUUUAUCCUUAAAAACAAAGCAAGAUAUAACUAAAAUUUAUUAUUAAUUAAUACGCCACUAUUAAUUGGCAUCAAAACUAUUUACACAAAAAUUAUUAUUUUUAUUGAUAAAAAAAAUUAAAAAAAAAAAAAUUUAGAAAAUUUAUUAAUCAAAGUGCUAAUUUUGUUUAAAAUUUUGUUUAAAUAAGAUGUUAUUUAUACUCUAUUCUUUAAAAUAAAGCAAGAGAUAAGUAAAUUUGAAUUUUUGUAAAGAAUUCGUAUUGAACUUAUAUCAAAGCUAUUUAAAUAAAAAAUAUCAUUUUUAUCAAAAAAAAUAAAAUUUUUUUUCGAAAAUAUUUUAAAAAAAAAAAUUAAAUUUUUUUAAAAAAUUUACAAUUAAGGAUAAUAAAUUUAUUUAAAUAAAAUGCUCUUUAUACUCUAUUCUAUAAACAAGAGCAGGAUAAAACUAAAUUUUUAAUUUUAGUUAAGAAUAAACAUUUAAAUUUAUAUCAAAACUUUUUACAUAAAAAUUAUGAUUUAUAUAUAUAACAUUUUUUAUUAUAAAAUUAAAUUUUGUUCCAAUUUAAAGGGGGGUUAAUUUACCAAAAAAGUGGAAAUUUUACCUAUAUUUUGUUCCAAUUUAAAGGGGGGGAAGUCAGUAUUUAUGAAGCUUUAAGUAAAGUUGUUCAGAAAAUUACCCCACAGGUAGGCUACUUGCAAAAUAUGCUUGAUGUCCUAAUGAACCACUGCAGAAUUGACAAAGUUUAUGUCUUUGAUGUAAUCACCAAGCUUUAUAUUGCGACUGACUCAACACCAGUAGAUUUAAUUUCUUAUGAGCUUUGUUCCGAUAUGAUUGACGUCGUUAUUGAUGUUUCCUGUAUUUAUGGGUAAUUUUUAUAUAGGCUAGUAGAAUCAGAAAACAUUAACAGCGUUUUUGACAAAAAAUCAACUGCGAUUAUUAAAUUAGAUAGUGGACUUACGCUGUAUUUGAGAGAAAUUGAACAUAUGCUGGCACUUGUGUGUUUAGUAAAAGCUGAUAAUUUCGAUAGGCAGCAUUUAAUCGACUAUAAUAUUGAAUGCUUUAGGGAAGGGGCAAGAAAAAUAUUUGAGGCGAGGGAAAAGUGGAUAAAAGAUGAGGAAGAGAGUAAGAGUUUUAAUUAA